UAUCUAAGGAUAAUCUGCACAAAAAAUGGAGAUAGCGAAGGAACUUGUAUUAACUCUCAAACAAAAUAAUAAAUCGCAUGUUGGAUAUGGAUUGCAAAAGGAGUGCGAAGCUCUCGUUGGUCAUAUCUUGCAAAAUAUGGUCAGAUCCCAAAUGCCUCCUCUGCUCGCUGUAACGAAAAAUAAGGAAGACUCUAUUAGAUAUAGAGAAGAAGGCAAUCAACAUUUUGUAAUGGGCGACGACUUAGAAGCUAUCGAGUGUUAUACUUUGAGCUUGGCAUAUGCCGACAGCGAUGAACUCAUGUCAUAUGCACAUGCGAACCGAUCCGCCGCUUUAUACAGAAAGCAAUUGUAUAAGGAAUGCUUAAUAGAUAUUGACACGGCUUUGUCUCAUGGAUAUCCAAAAGAAAAACAGAGAAACUUGAAAGACAGAGGAGAUAAAGCGAUAACGGAAAUAAAAAGAUUGCUUCAAUUAGAAUCAAAGGAUGUUGAUCAUCAGAGAACUAUGAGUGAAUCCUAUUUAUGCGACAACAUUGAAAAAUCUAUUACAAAGUCAGAAGACAUCGAGUGUAUGGGAAAUGGGACAAUAAAGGAUGGUCAAGAGUUUUUGAAGAAACAAGACGCGACAAUUAACGAAGAUUAUCUUCAUUAUGCAUCGAAAAUUUCUCCGUCGAAACCGAGAUAUUUGCAGGACGAGGAUUUUUCCAAAUUAACAUAUGGUUCGAGCCAAGAAGUUCCUGCUGUCAGUGACGGUGUUGCGAUAUCUUUCUCUGAGAGAUAUGGUAGACACUACGUGGCGACACGGGAAUUUAAACCUGGUGAUAUAGUCAGCAUCGAAGAUCCAUAUGCACAUGUUAUCUACGAAGAACGGUAUUAUACACAUUGCCACUAUUGUCUAUCCAGAAGCUACAAUUUAAUACCGUGCACAGAAUGUCCGAUAGCUCAGUAUUGUUCUGAGAAUUGCAGAAAGCUAGCGUGGAAAACAUGUCACGAGAUAGAAUGUCCAAUUCUAAAACUGUUAACGAACUUGCUUAAUGUAGACAAGGAUAAGAUAAGAAUGAUUUCGAAGAUCAUUCGAUUACUGAUCGUAGUAACCGAAAAUGGAACCAAACUUAAAGAACUGCAACAAGAUAUGAAAACUGCGGAAUCUAAUUCAGACAACAGAACAGCAGGAUUUACAGAUACUGCGAUAUUAGACAGUUUUAGCGCCCGGUCUGCACUGAGCUUAGCAACUAAUAUGACUACAAGACCGUUGAUCGGAAUCAGUGCAUUUGCUUGUAUCUCUGCCCUCGCAGUAAUUCUUUUAGCUACACAGACAAAAUUUUUUCCUAAGAAAUAUGAAAUUGAUGAUUUGAAGGAUAUCACCAAAUUUUCUGAGCUUAAAUUUUGCGCCAGUAUAAUGUUUCGUGCUUGCGUGAUAAUGUCUUCUAAUUGCUUUUCAAUACAACAAGAACCAGGAAUUGUAUCGGGUUCAGGUUUGUACGUGGCUCACAGCUUGUAUAAUCAUUCUUGCGCGCCGAACACUUUUCGGCAUUUUGAGGGACUGACAAUGAUCACGCGUGCUUUGACACCUAUACAUCCCGGAGAUCAAAUAUUCACAAGCUAUGGCGGCGUUUACGCGCACAUGUCACGAGCCGAGAGGAAGCAAAAAAUAUUGCAGGAUUAUUUUCUCGAUUGCGAUUGUCCAGCGUGCGAGAACAACUGGCCAACAUAUAAUGAGAUCCGGCGAGAUCAUGUUGGAUCAAUCUCCAAGAAUAAGCAACUUGUAGAAAAACUGAGGCCUUUCAGGGAGAGAUUACUCGUAAAUAUGUACGACAUCGAAGCGGUGAAGGUUGUUCUCGAUAUAUUAUACAGAGAAGUUAAUAAACAUCCAUGCGAGGAGAUACUUCACGCAGAACAGUAUUUGAAGAGCUACUAUUUGGAUCCAUGAACUUUUUGUCAACAAAUAUCGAUGGUAAGAUGGUAACAUAUUUUUUGAAGAAAUAUUCUUUUCUUUAGAAUAUUAUAAUAUCUAAAUUGCAUAUAUAAAAUGUUUUAUACAUUAACUUACAUUUAAAGCAAUUUGCAACACGAUUUCACUUACAUGACAUGGAAUGUAUGUACAUAAAAGCAUAAACUUAAAACUAAAUUUUUAUCAGCAAAUGUUGCAAAACUUCAACAAUUAUUAUAAACAUUGGAUAAUGCUUAGAUAUAAAACAAUUUAUUUGUAUCUUUAAAAUAAUAUUCUAUCAUAAAUCAUAGGCUGUCAAGCGCGUAAAAGAAAGAUAUUAAAAACUACAAAGAUGAUCUAGGAGAAUAAACAAUGUAACACGAUUUGAAAUAGAAAAUACAUUAAUAAUUACUUAUAUAUUUCAUCGUAAUAGGCAUUCAAUAUACGACCUGUUACAAUCGGUAUUUAACAGUGUUGGAUAAGAAAAAGUUUCAGGGGCAGUGUUUCGAUUUCAUUCUGUGUACACUAUACAUUACUUUAUCAAAGUAAAAAAUAAUUUACAAUGUUAUGAAUGCGCGUACUUCAGCAAGCUCGGCGUCGAUUUGAUAAAAUGAAGAAUUCAUUAAUAGCACUUUACGUUUAGCUUUAGAUUAAAAAUUAAAUUUUUUUUUAACAUGUAAAUACACCAUUUUUCUCUUCAAGCAUAGACACACACAUGUGCGAAACGUGACAAUAUAUUAUGCUUCAUAGAUAAAAAUAAAUUCAAUAUAGUUAAUUAAAUUCAUUGAUAAAAUUGCAAAAAAAUUUAAAGAAUAUUAAAAACUUAUCUAAAAAGAUAAAAACUUAUCACACUAAAAAUAAAAAUAAUGUUACUGUUGGUAUAUAUUUAAAGUUAAAUUAUUCAUCAAUUCAAAUUUUGAUCUUUUGUAUUAUCUAUAUAAAAGUAAGUUAAUGCAAAAAUGUGAUUGGUAGGAGAGCACAUUUCUAUUAAUCUGUCUUACACUCUUUAGAUUCAUUUUUGUAUAACUUUGUAAGAGUAUCGGCGCAUGUGUGUGGUUAAAAAAGUACAGUUUUCGGAAUACGAAUUAUUCCCAUGACAAUUCUACUGAGAUCAAAAUUAUAAAAUAUUUAAUCGGUGCUCUCGCAAAAAGACAAGCUAAGAAAUAUAUCAAUUUGUCGCGAAAAAAGCUAUUAUGUAUAUAUGACAUGUUUCUAAAACUUAAUCAAGUAUCAAGAACGCAUUUUGCAACAAUAGUCCGUCUCUAAGACUAUCUAUGCGAUUAUUUCGUCUAAAAAAACUGCGGAUAAAUGCAACAAUAAAAUAACUAUGGUGGCAUUAUGUAGUACGUUAAGCGCUCCCGAAUAUUCGAGGAUUCUCUCAAAAAUUCGGUGACACACGCUCUUCGGUAACGCGAAGAGAGAGAAAA